UCCGUUUGUCCGAACGUACUCUGAACCCUCCCCUAACCGUCAAACCGAUGUUUUGAUCGUGUGAAGUGCAAAAAGAACCGCGGACUCGGCCCGCUCGCGGGGAGAAGGCUGCGAGUGUUUUUAUUCGAGUUGUUCUCUCACCCUUCUGUAAAGGGGAGAACGAACGGAAGUGAGGUAGAGUUAGGUGUGCCGAGGAGAGACACGCGAAUGCGUAGGUGUAGUAUUGAUUGCGCGGGACCAUGACCGCGCAAGCUCUCCGUCCUUUUCGAUGAAUGACGUGCUUACGUACGCCGAAAAAGAAAGAAGAAACAAACCGAAAGAAACAGAAAAACCUGUACCAAGCCGCCCGAGCGUUAGUCCGUGCGGACAUUCCGCAGUCGCUCUCCACGAACUUGUGUACGAUUUAAUCCGUGAGUUCUAACAAUAAAACCCGUGCAUAUCAUCGACUCUCGGAGACACAGCAGCUGUGUUCUAUCUCGCCUUUAACACCUGGCAGAUUUUGCGCGAUAAUGAGAUUCGGGAAUCUCCCGCGAAGGUUCCUGGCACACUUUAUCACCCUCUUGGUCCUACUUGUUCGUCUCGAUAAUGCUGAAAACCUUGGCUUUUAUCAAGAUGUCGAGCCAGAGCGAGGAAUGGACGCCAAUUACGAGGAAAUGGCGAGAUACCUGGAAGCGGAAAAGCUGGCCAACAUGAGGGACGUGAGCCGGAGCAGAUCGGCACCGGAUUCGCCGUGGGGGUACGCGGAGUAUCUCUACGAGCAGCGGCAAAAGGAGAAAAAACUGUUGGAGGCUUUUCUGGAGAAUCCGAGCGUGCUCGACGCGUUGGAAUUGCGAGAGCAGGCGAAGGAGCGAUCGAUGAUUCCCCAGCUACCGAUGGGUUACGACGUGCCGGAGGAUUUGGAAAGAGAAAUCCCCGAAGCGGAAGUUGUGCGUCCUUACAGCAGGCCCGAUCCGCUCUCCGAGCGCUUCGAAGACGUCUCGAGCCUAAAAAUUCCUUAUGCGAAGAGCAUUUUCAGAAACGAGAAGCCACGCUACGUUCAUCCGGCUGCACCGGAUCGCUUGUCGAGAGUUAAUGAAUUCAUCGAUGAGAAUUAUCCCGAGCAAACGAGCGCUGAGGAACGGCUGUUGAAAAUCGAGGGAAAAUUAAUGGAGCUCAAUCGAAAUCGCGUUUUCAACAACGACGAAGAUGUUUCGGCUCAUAAUCCUGUGCGCGAGACACCACAAUUCACGUACAGGUUUGACCCACCGAAAAUGGAAGAACGCCCGUUUGCCGUGAAACCGAACGACCCACGAUACUACGAAAAAGACGAUCCGAGCACUGAGCCAAUCAACGAAAAAACAACGACGAAACAUCAAAAUAUCAUCACAUCUUCCCGUGAAUUUCAACACCAAGAUCAAAACAAAGAACAAAAUCAUUUGCCUCCCACUGACCCUGAAUACUCCACCGAGAAUGUACGCACUGACAAAUUUUCUAUUAUGAAAAUCGUUUUGCCUGAUAAUCACAGGCUCACCGAAGAUGAUUCCGUCAUCGUUUCCUCUAGUCGUCUCAUGACUAACGAUAUUUAUUUUAUCGCAAUCGUAGCCGGCUGCAGUGCAGCUGCCAUGUUUGCCCUCGUAUUAAUCAGCUUAACGUGGUGCAGACUUCAACGUGGAGCUAAAGCAGCUGCGGAUAUCGAAUACCCGGCUUAUGGCGUGACAGGACCGAACAAAGACAUUUCACCGUCCGGAGACCAAAGGCUCGCCCACUCGGCACAAAUGUAUCAUUUUCAGCAUCAAAAACAACAGAUAAUAGCCAUGGAAAAUAGAACAGCCGCGUCGCGCGAUCCAGGCUCCGUCUCGGAAGCGGAGAGUGACGAGGAAAACGAGGAAGGAGAUUACACCGUGUACGAAUGUCCUGGUCUCGCAUCGGCUGGAGAGAUGGAAGUGAAGAAUCCAAUGUUUCAUGCCGACCCAACACCCGCGUCGCCGCAAAUUCACAAGGAAGAGGACCACAUCUAGCUUCAUUGAGUUGUCGUUUUCCCCGCAUUCUAUCCAAAAUCUUCCCGGGUGUCUGGCUCACUUUCGAUGUAUCAUAUCCAAAAUAUUUAUCUACGAUUCGUAUAUCUAUAUAAUAUAUUAUAAAAAUAUAAUAUAAUAUAUACAUAUAAUUUUUCUAUAUAUGAAAAAAGACAUGAAAAAACUAUUUCAAGAAUAUUCAAUGCACGUAUUCCGAUCGGUGAUUUUCUCACUCGAGAAAAGUCGUCAAACACUCUUAUACUUGCGUACCAGAAAAACCAUAUUAACACGGUGAUCUGGAAUCGCCGCUUAUUUUUACGUGAAAUCCCCAAGCUUUACGUUAAUCUAAGGAACAUGAUCGACUUACAUAAAGCACGAGAGUUCCCGCAACAAAACUUGCUAAACAAAAUACAAAUAGAUAUUAAACAACGUGAAAAAUAAAGACUUCAAACAAAACGAAAGAAAACAUAUAACAAUACAGGAGCAACGCUAACUUUUUUCACUGGUGACACGAUUUUUUAACAAUUUCUAUCGAAUUGGGAAGGUGGCGCGAGGCAACACGCAGCAUUGCGUGUUCCAACGGGGUCUUAUUCUUUCUCCCGUUAUAUGCCAAUGAUCGAAGAAAGUCCACAAAGUUUUCAAUUCCAAAAAGAAAAAAAAAAGAAAAUAAAUCAUUACAGAAAUACAUCAGUUACCGGUUGUCAGCAAUCACUAGAACUUAUCUUGACCAAUAUUAAUAUCACAUGAGAGUAGCAUAGUUUGUGAGUCAAAUGUUCUUUCAUGCUGUGCUGCACCAUGUAUUUUGUAAAUAUAUGUAAGAAGAGAAAUCAACAAAAAAAAGAAAAAUGCGAAAGCGAGACAAAAAUACCAUACAUGAAAAAAGCUAUAUACGUAUAUUAUACAUACAUAUAUAAAUUAUAUUCUUAAAUGAAAAAAUCAACCGAAAACAAAACAAAAUUCGUUCCUACGAUCAAUUGGGCACGAGAGCUUCCUGGGUAACAGAGUGUGAUAACGUAUUAGAAAAAAACAAAACACAAAACGAAAGUUAGAACAGAUUCUAUUGUACACUACGACAAUGUGCUACGUACCCAAAGAAUAUACUUAAAGAAAAAUUAUAUUUAACGCGAGAUCUGCUAUUAACGAAUAUAUUCCUAGUUAUUUUGUAUUAUAUUAAAUUGCCCUCGUUAUCUCGUCUCAAAAUCUAUUUUCUUUCCAUGACAAUAAUUUGUUACUUAUAAAUUGUCAUUAUCUUCGUUAAUAUAGAGCAUAAGUGUAUAUUGUGUGAAAUAUCGUAUAUUUUACGCAUUAAGGUGAGGCUUACAUCGAUUCCGUAAUGAAACAUUUUUUUUUGUUCAAUAUUGAAUUUUUUUUUCCAGUCUAAAGGUUUAUAAACAGCGUAACCGUGAUUUUCGAUAUACAUCACAGCUUGAACGACACAGAAUCACACUUCGACCUUUCGAGAAAAGGAAAGAAAAAAAAUUGAGUUUUCUUAUCGAACAAAUGUAAACCUCGCUUCAAUUAUCGUUUGCUACCGUAUUCGAUGAAAUCUCGUCAUAAGAGACGCUUUAUUCAUUACAACAUGAUCGGCUAAUAUAUAGAAUGGAAAUUGACAUCGACUUGAGAAGCUCUCAGAAUGUUUUUAUUUUUUAAUACUUAACAAUGUCAUCGAUAGAGUAAAAAAAAGCUUCCCACUCUUUGCAUUGCACCAUGCUGUCGAUUAAUCAACCAUCAAUUAAUACUCUUCUCCAAAAAAAAUUUUCAAAAACAAAAAAUUGAUUAUUUUUUAGGAAAGCGAGAAGAAAUUUCAAAUACUUAUGAUGGAAUAAUGAACUUUGAACAAAAUAUCUAGCCUAACGUCGUUCCUACAGAGCACUACUGAAUUCAAAGAAUUACAAUUUGUUGCCAGAGAUCAACUAUUUUAUAGCACGAUGGGAUGUACAUUUAUCGAUGUUGUGCUAUUUAAAAUUAUAUUAAGGGGGAUUCCCGUGACAAUAGUAAAAAAAAAAAAAAAAAAAAAUUAAAAGAUUUGAUACGUUUUCCUUUCACUGUUUCACUGAAUUAUAUAAAAUCAUUCUGUUGACUUUAAUUCUAGUAAAUGAUAUAUAAAAAAAAAAGGUGAAAUAAAUUUUCCAAUGAGAUUAAUUACAUCUUCAACUAUUUUAAAUUUCAGAAACAAGUCCGACUUUGUAUUUGGUAAUGAAAUAGUCAUUUCACUUUGAUUUUUAAAGGCCAAGUAAACUUUUGUUUUCAAGGCCUAAUACACAUGGAACUCUCGACGCCGCCGCGUUGAAGGUACACAGAUAACGCUCCAUGUGUGCAAGGCCUAAGUCGUUGGACACGAAAAACGUGUCAAUGUUAUUUUUAUUCAUUAGUCAUUGAACCCAAUAUUUCAUGAGCAUGAAUGACGAAUAUUGUGUCGUAAAAAGAUCGAUUUUUCUAAAGUCCGUCAUGGGGAUUGUCCCUUAACAUUAAAGUGUUAAACUAGUCUUUGUUAGCACCCUAUUAAGUGGUUCGUUUCAAUGAAACAUAAAUGUGCAGCAUGAAAGGACAAUCUAUGUGUACAAAUACGUAAACAAGAUUGUAUUGAACUGUUUAUUGGUUCUUAAUUGAUCAAAACAUUUAGAAAAAUGAAAAUAUAUAUACAAGAUGAUUUUGUAAUAGUCCUGUUGUGCUACAUUAUGUUUUUAGAGUUUAUAUGCCGAUACAAUAUAACGUGAGUUUAUUAUUCUGUCAUUUCAAUCUUCCAAUGAUCAAAAAAUUAUGAAAAUCGCUGCUACUGAGGCAUGUAUUACGAAUAGUGUAUUAUUUUAGUAAAUAAAUGAUUUAUUUUAUA